AUGCGGACGAUAAGACCCCGCAACGCCGGCCUCACUGACCAUCUGCCACCUGGCGUAGACCUUGAUUCCAAGACCACGCCCGAUAAGCCGCGUAUGCCCUGCGGCCAUAAAUUGAUCGCUAGAAACCUCAUCGUCUGUAUUGACGGGACGUCGAACCAGUUUGGAGAGAAGAACACAAACGUCAUCGAAUUGUACAACCUCAUAUUGAAGAAGGUUGCGGAUAACCAAAGGAUGUGGUACAAUAGUGGGAUCGGCACUUACGCUCGCCCAUCGUGGAAGUCGCUCGAUUUCUACAAGAAGGUUCUUUAUCACAAGAUUGACUUGGCGAUUGCAUGCGAACGGUUUUGGGUGCAUACCGCUGGUUGUCGGAUAAUUAUGAGGAAGACGAUUGUAUAUUUCUAUUCGGGUUCUCUCGAGGAGCAUUCCAAGUUCGAGUGCUCUCGGCGAUGA